CUUCACUCUCCUUUCCUUUAUACCUUCCCCUUCCUCCUCUUCUUCUUCCAAGUCUCAUCUCAUUCUCUUCUCGUCUCCCUCACUCUCAAACAGACAAAACACACAGAUAGUCAUGGCUAGAUUCUUGAUCUUGUUCGCUCUUUGUGUCCUUCCUGCUCUCGUGAGCGCCUCUCGCCCCGUCAAGAAUCCCUUCGUCGUCGUCGGCAAGGUUUUCUGUGAUACCUGUCGCUGUGGCUUCGAAACCUCUGCUACUACUUACAUUCAUGGGGCAAAGGUUAGGGUGGAAUGCAAGGACAGGGAAACACUUAAGGUCGCGUACCAUGUCGAUGGUGUGACAGAUACUACUGGAACUUACAGGAUCACAGUUGCAGAUGAUCACGAGGACGAGCUCUGUGAGUCGGUUCUCAUUAGUAGCCCUCAGACCGACUGCACAGCCAAGACACCAGGGCGUGACAGGUCUCGUGUUAUCCUCACCAACAACAAUGGAAUCAUCUCCAACAUCCGUAACGCCAACGCCAUGGGAUUCACGAAGGAUACUGCUCUCUCUGGUUGUACCCAACUCCUCAAGCAAUACCAGGAAUAUGACGAGUAGGCGACGAACUUAAGCUUCAAAUUUCCUUUUUUCUUUCUAUAGUUGUUAUGGUAUUGUUCAUCUUAGACGCUGUUCAUCUUCUAGUGGACUACCUGUGAUAAAUUAUAAAUGGUUUUCACAUUCUUUGUGACUUCAUUAUCAAAUUUAGCUUGUUAAUGAUAACUGUUGUUUCCGUCGUC